AUGCCUAAAUUAGAGCAGUUUGAGAUCAAAAAGUACUGGCAAAUCUUCUGUGGUUUGAAACCAGUGGAGAAUAAAGUGUCUCAUGACCAAGUCAAGCCAAUUUUAUACAAUUCUAAACAAGAUUCGUCAAUUUUGAACAAAAUUUGGUUCUUAGCUGAUAUUGAUGAUGAUGACAUGUUAGAUUUUGAAGAAUUUGUCAUCUGCAUGAGAUUGUUGUUUGAUUUAAUCAAUAACAAUAUCUCUACCGUGCCUGAUGUCCUACCAGAUUGGUUGAUUCCAGGUAGUAAAGCCAAAUUAAUCAAACAAAAACGUUCAAACAACCCUGUUACUUCUACCCCAAAGGAGGAAGAGACAAAGAAGGCUAGAGAGGUUGAUUGGUACAUUUCUCCAAACGAUUUGAAAGUGUACAACGAUCUACUAACUAAGAGCACAUUAACUGAUGGUUCAUUUACGUUUUCAUCACUCUCCAUUAUAGUCAAUUCGAAUCCAACUCAUUUCAUCAACGUUUCAAAUGGUGACAUUGAAAAGACAUGGAAAUUGGUUAAUCCUAAGAACUCUACCUCCAUUAAUAAAGAUCCAGCAAUGUACUUUUUGCACAUUUUGAAACAGAAUAGUGACUUAAAUGCUGCUAUACCAAACUCUCUUCCUUCUAGAAUCUCCAAUAUUAUAGAUAAAUCAGAAAUCUCAUACAAAGUUGACUCAGUUCCUCGAACAGAGACAACUACUAGAACUUCAAAUACUACAAAUAAGAAUGCAAGCGUUGUAAAAUCACAAUUCGAAAAUUUACUCAAUUAUAAAAAAAUGGAAUCGUCAUCUAAAUCAAUCCAGGCCAAUGUAAGAGUAGACUCUGUAAUAGACGACCUUCAAAAUAUUGAAAAACAAGUCGAUCGUUUGGAAUCAUAUCUUUCUACAAAGAAGAAUGAACUUAACUCCAUCAAUAAUCAAAUCAAUCAAUUAAAAUAA